AUGGCCGCCGCGCGUUUCAAAUUUGACAUCAAAACGGACGUCGACGUCGCUUCGACAAGUUCGGUGGAGAGCAACCAUUUGCCGACGGAUCUCGCGCCGAUGCGGAAGCAUCGCGACGAGGCGUCGACGGCGGCGUCGGGCAAUUGUGUGGUGUGCAAUGCCGCCGACAGCGCGCCGCAUUUCGGCGUGAUCGCGUGCGCCGCGUGUUCGGCGUUCUUCCGGCGAACCGUCGUGCUGAAGCGCGUCUACAAAUGUCGACGUGAUCCGACCGGCUUCACGCGAUGCACAAUCGAUCGACGGCAUCGGUGCAAUUGCAAAUGUUGCCGUUUCAAAAUCUGCAUUGAGCGCGGCAUGAAUCCGAACGCGGUUCAAUACAAUCGCGACACAAUUCGACCGAGAACACCAAUUGAGGACAGCGAUUUCGACGAAUCCGCCGAUAGUUUCAAACACAAACCCACACCGUCUCCCAAAAAGCCAUCGGACAAUCUAAUCGAGAACCUAUGCGAUCUCUACCAUCAGAUCGUUGAUAGGCGUCGAAUGCUCUAUUGUCACGGCUCGCUACGCGAAAUUCUACACGGCAUCGGAUUGAGAUUUCGACCGAAUCGCUUCGACGAGCGCUAUUAUAAGGACAAAAUGCGUUGCGAGUUCGUCUUCUACAUGGAAAUGAUGAAUUCGAUGGAAUUAUGGCGCAAUCUAGAUGCCGAAACCAAAGAGUGCCUUUUAAGGGAAUGCACCGUUUCGUUGGCGCUUCUCGAGAAAUACUUCAUCACUGUCAAAUAUGGGGGAUUGGAGGAUUGUCGCCUAAUUGCGCCCGACGGCUCCUACACCGAUCUCAGCGACAACGGCGCCCAAUUCGAGCGCGAUUUCGACAAUCCCGACCAUCAGAUCGACAAAAAAACGUGCCUCCGAUUACUGUAUGACCCUUUGAGGGAGGUGCUUCGCCAUUUCGGCGGCGCUCUCAAGGCGUCGAAGAUGACGGACGUCGAGUUUUGCGCGCUGUUCGCGAUUCUCAUUUUCAAUCCAGCGGCGACGAAUCUCCACCAAACCGGUUACGAGAUGGUGCGCAGCGCGAGAAACACCGUCAUCGGACAAUGGUCCGAUUAUUAUCGAUCGAUCGGAAUCGGACCAAUGGAGUCAAGCCUUCUCAUCGGCAAUUCAAUUCUGCUGCUCAGCGAGCUUCGCAACGCGAUGACCGUCCAUCGCGAGAAUUUCCAUGUGAUUCGCGUGUUCAAGGUUAUGGAUUACGAUAGUCUCAUCGACGAUCUCCGGUUUCAUUAA